UUUUCAAGGUGGCUCAGAUAUCAACCCUCUACGAGCGAGUGAGCGCACGGGAAUUAUUGAGCCAAGGAGAACAACCUUUAGGACUACAGUUAAUAAUUAAGACAAGUUUGGCAUCUCGAAAACGUGUCCCCCAAAACAUCCGGUGACAAAGAGAUGAAAGGCUGGCAAGUCCAAUGUCUUUUCUUUCUUGUGUUAAACGCAACUUUUCUUCAUGUGACCUCCUUGGAAGAAGAGCUCGCUGAUUCUAUAUUUGGUAACCUCCUGGACCCGCUGAAGGACCUGUUCGACCAUCCGGAUGAGAGCCAUGGAGCCAACGCCAGGUUCUCCCUGCGGAAACCCUCCCAGCCCGACGACGACCUCUGUUACAUUGUCCCAGGGAAGCCGGAGACCCUCGCUGCCUGCUCCUUCAACAGCACCACCAAGACCUUCCUGGUCAUUCACGGUUGGACAGUGAGUGGCAUGUUUGAGAGUUGGGUGGCAAAGCUGGUGUCUGCCCUGUACGAGAGGGAACGAGACGCUAACGUCAUUGUGGUGGACUGGCUCACCACUGCCCAGAACCAUUAUGUGGUGGCCGCCCAGAACACCAAGAUGGUGGGCCAGGAGAUCGCUCGCUUCAUCGACUGGAUGGAGGAGACCACCAACAUCCCUCUGGAGAACCUGCACCUGAUUGGCUACAGCCUUGGAGCUCAUGUGGCAGGAUUUGCUGGAAGCCACGCCUCCAAUAAAGUGGGAAGAAUAACAGGUCUAGACCCCGCAGGGCCCGAUUUUGAGGGGGAGCACGCGCACAGACGUUUGUCCCCAGACGACGCUCACUUUGUGGACGUGCUCCACACCUUCACUCGGGGCUCCCUGGGGCUCAGCAUUGGGAUCCAACAGCCCGUGGGACACGUGGACAUCUACCCCAACGGAGGGGGCUUCCAGCCGGGCUGCAACCUGCGGGGGGCCCUGGAGAGGAUCGCCAAUUUUGGAUUAUUUGCCAUCAGCGACGCGGUCAAGUGCGAGCACGAGCGCUCCAUCCACCUGUUCAUCGACUCGCUGCUCCACGAGCACGAGGCGGCCAAGGCGUACCGCUGCGGCAGCAACGACAUGUUCGACCGCGGCGUCUGCCUCAGCUGCAGGAAGGGCCACUGCAACACGGUGGGCUAUGACAUCAGCAGGGUGCGGCGGGCACGCGACGUGCAGAUGUACACCAAGACGCGCGCCUCCAUGCCCUUCAGAGUCUACCACUACCAACUGAAGAUCCACUUCUCCAGCCAGGUGAAACUGUCUGAAAUGGAGCCCUCCCUCACGGUCUCUCUCUUCGGGACCAAUGGAGAGGCAGAGAACCUGGAACUCACACUAAAAGAGAAGAUUGCAACCAAUAAGACCCACUCGUUCCUGCUGGUGACAGAGAAGAACGUUGGGGACCUCAUGAUGCUCAAAUUUAAGUGGGAGGAGUCUGCCAGCUGGUCAGCCUCCUCCAUGCUCAGAAUGGUGUCUUCUUGGUGGUCAGGUGACUCGGGCUCCAGCAUGGACGUCCACAAGAUCCGCAUCAGAGUGGGGGAGACGCAGAAAAAGAUGGUGUUCUGUGUGAAAAACUCUCAGGCUCACAUCUUGGAACAGGAAGUCACCUUUAUAAAAUGCAAGGACGAGUGGAGGUCGUCCGGCAACAGCCCUUCCAGAAGGAUAACCCUGAAGAAGCCCUAACGCUGGAGCCACCAAAGAACGCCCUCUUCACUGCACUUCCAAAAAAAAAAAGAAAAAAAAAAGACAGAAGCUAUAAAUUGUUUGGUCUUUUAGACUAUACAAAGACAGUACUCCAUUGCACACAAUGUACA